CCUGGCAGUCUUUCUCUCUCUCGCUAACUAACAUGUCAGCUAUGCUAUCUCUACUGAAGCUCAAACUUUCUCCUCCACUCCCUCUUUUUCUUUGAUAGAGUUGAAAGUGCUUACAAUUAUUGCUACGUAUCGUGAACGCAAGUGUGUCAAAUGUAUCACCUGUUGUACCAAAAAACAGUCAGCAACUUAUUGAUAAGUAAAAUCGACGAUAUUUCGAGAAUAUUCAUUAGUUGAAAUGUGAAUUUUGGCAAUCACAACCUGUAUGUGCGUGUAGUGAAUAAGAGAAUCGUUUCUACUUGACUAGCUUACAAGAAGCUGGAACAUUCUGUGCUAUCAACCUGUGUCAAUAGUGAAUAAUUGUUAGACAUCAUCGUAGAUAAAUCAAAAUGAAAUUGGUGAUUUGUUUGAAAAGAGAUGCCUGCACGUGUUAAUGAACAGUCCUCUUCAAAAUUGUCUGAUAGUGUAUAUCUUCAUUCUGACGUGAUGCCAUAUCACAGCAUGCAUUCGAACGGUUAUUCAUCAGACGGGCAAAUGAGUCCCAGUGCAGAGGAGAGUCCAACCUUUGUGAUGGAGCAUUUGGCCACAUUUACGGUGUCCAAAGAGACUGGCAUAGUGUACCCAGCCGAUGGUAUGCGCCGGCUCUUGCAGCUCGAGAAAUCAAACGGUAUCUGGUCUCAAAAGAUGCAGCUUCGUCUGGACAGGUCAUGGGUGCUCAUCAUGGAUUAUGAAACGGGGGCUGUGAUGGAGAGGUUUCCUGCUACUCUGAUUCAUGAACCUACUGCGUUCACCAGUCACGAUCCCAUGGAAAUCUAUAACAAUAUUUUAGUGUUUAUUGUGGGUGAUGAACGGCAGAUGGGCUCAAGAUCAGAAAUGCAUAUCUUCCAGUGCCAGAGUAUCUCAGCACAGGAGCUUGUAGAAGACUUGAAGCUGCUGAGGAUGGGGAAAUCUCCAAGAGGGGGGAGAGCAAGAAGACACAUACCUCCUCCACCCCCUACUCCACCACCAGAUCCACCCCUAAUUAAUGGAGUCAAUGUCAGAGAACAGGUCUCUGUUUUCAAUGCAGUUGCACACCAGCCGGAUGUUCGUGGUGGGAGUGAACUGGGAGUGGCUCCAGGUCACCACAGAGAUGACGAGACCAGUUCAACGUCGAGUGAGAAGUAUGAACGAGACGUGACUAUUUUGAAUCAUUGCUUCGAUGACAUUGAAAAGUUCAUUGCUCGACUGCAGCAUGCGGCUGCUGCUUCUAAGGAACUCGAGAGAAGGCGAAGGAACAGAAAAUCAAAAAAGAAGGAUAUGGGAGACGGUAUGCUAACCAUGAGAGCAAAGCCACCUCCGGAAUCCGAAUUCAUUGACAUUUUCCAAAAAUUCAAACUAUCGCUGAUUCUUUUGGCCAAAUUGAAGCAUCACAUCCAUGAUCCAAACGCUCCCGAACUAGUUCAUUUCUUGUUCACACCUCUUGCUCUGAUUGUUGACGCCUCUCAUGAUACACACUACCUGCCUCCCAACCUACCAUCAAAAGUUGUCUGCCCGCUACUCACUCAAGAAGCGAUAAACCUGCUUAUCAAUUGUGUCACAAGCAAAGAAACUGAGCUUUGGCAUUCGCUUGGAGACGCUUGGCUAAUACCAAGAGAGCAAUGGAAGGGAUACGUUGCUCCAUACCAUCCCGUCUUCAUGGAUGGCUGGUCCCCCGAUUAUCCCAUAUCAGAAGACAGAGACGUCCUGGUUCCAGCUGAAGGAAAGAGAACCAGGGAAGAUACAAGACCGUUGCAACAUGAAAGCGAGCAUUAUCACCGCGGAGGCGGCGGAGGUGGUGGGGGCGGUGAAAGGGAGCACGAGGACUACAGCAGUGACUACUGGGAUCCGCCCCCGGGCGAGUAUGACCGCCAAGAGUCGUCUCCGGCGGACCCCAGGGCGCUCAUGGUCGACAGGCGAAACUUCGAAAUGGAUCAUCGCUACGGUGGCAGAGCAGAAAGGGAGCAUUCGCAGAGCCCCGGAGGAUCGGAACCGGAGUUCGCAGGAGCGUCUCCGUCGCACAUGGGUCCCCCCAUCCCCAGCGCCCGCAGCGACAUAUCGGCCGACUCUAUCGAACGCAACAGCGGCGCAAACAGCGAACGCUUCGAGCGAUCACAGGCACUCUGGCUCGAGGAGCUGCGGUCAAACGGUGCCAAAGUGGUCCAGGUCACUUAUCCCAGGACCGCCAACAACGACAAGGAACUUACCGUUAUUAGGGGCGAGUUUCUCGAGGUUUUGGAUGAUAGUAGAAAAUGGUGGAAGGCACGAAAUAGCCGAGGCCAAGUUGCUCAUGUUCCACACACGAUUGUCACAUCUUUGCAACAAGGCGAGGUAGGAGACGUCUUCAGUAAUCCACUCUAUGCUCCUCAUGGCUAUGACAGUCAGGCUAAGGAUGCAAUAAGAGGCGAGGGACUUGCAGGUGGAGUGCCCAUGCCCCCGACACCCUCUCCCGCCCCAGCCCCUGCCGACUGGGUGCGCAAAGAACGUCAAGGCAAGAAAGCAGGUCCUAAUAUCAUUGAAGAGAACGAAUAUUCAGAACCUACAGCUGUUGAUCUGCUCAACUCUGAACUGAAAAGUGUCCUAGGAAUAACUAGAGAAGGUGGCCGAAAAAAAAUGGAAUUCAUCAACACUCCUUCUGUUUACAUUAAUCAGAAUGCUUCUGCCGCUGAUGUAUCAAAGUGGCUUGAACAAAAACGAUUCCCUGAAAGCACCAGCACUCAAUUACGUGGCAUGGAUGCAAAAGAUUUGUUCAACCUUUCUAAGAGUCAAUUACAACAGAUUUGUGGGCCGGAAGAAGGGAAACGGCUGUAUCAUCUACUCAUUUUGCAGAAAAAUAUGUCAGGGUUUCAGACUACCAGAACACUGGAACUGUGUGAAAAACUAGCAAGAGCCCGUAUGAAAGCUGAACAAUCUGAUCAAACUGAAAGCAUAGUAACUCAACCGGAUAACUAGUUAUUUGGCCGCCUAGCUACUUAUAGAGUAGCCUACAUUAAAAACAAUUAUAACGCCGUCACAUUAAAAUUUUAGUAAAUCAUAGAUGGAUGAUUUGAUGUUGAAACUGCUACAUUACCGUAUUCAAGUUACACCAUUACACCAUGAACGUACAGCCUAUACUAAAACUACUAAUUAGUUUUUAGAAAAGUUGAAACCUUCUACAAAAUAAGGUACUUAUUUUGUCAACUAUUUUAUCCUGACAGCUUGCCGUCUCUUUCCUCAGCCACCUCAGCUCAGCUCAAUUCAAACCUACUGUAAGAUUCAUUAAACAUGUAUAAUAAAAAUAGAUCAUGAGUAUUGAGAUGAAUUUGACCGAUAUCUGUAUAAUAACAAUAGACCUACAAAUGUUGAUAAAAUUAAUGUUGAUAUUAAACUUUCAUUCAGAAUA